CCCUUACUUCAUCAUUCUCGUGUUUCUCUCUUUCCUAAAUAUUCUUCUUCUCUGACACCCUUAUUCUACCUCUUUUAAAAUUCCAUCCUUUUAUCUUUAAUAUUUUCUCUUUAAUACUCUCAUUACAAAAUUAAAACCAAUUUUCUCCACAAACAAAUAGCAACCCAAGUCCUUGAAUUCUCCAUUGUUGUGUUCUUCCUCUACUGUACACAGCAACCAUGGCAGAAAACUCAACAAUUUCAGACCAAAUUAAAUACAGAAAACCAAGAACACAAAACCAACAAGAACCCCAAGAAAACAUGGAUCCAAUUUCUUCUUCAACUCGCUCAAAACCCACCAUUUCCUCUUUACUUCUAUCACCAUUUACACCUACAAGUCCCACAAAUGAAAACUCAACAACCCCAACUACCCCUACAGUUUUCUCCACUAAAAAAAUGAACUUUUCCACAUUUCGUGGACUUGGUUGUACUGCAUCUUCACAAGUGUCGGUUCCUGCUGUAAUUAGAACUUCAGCUGACUGGGAUAACAAGAGGGUCAAGAAGAAAAAACAGAAAAACAAAAACAAAUCUGGUAAUUCUGCUGUUAAUGUUGGUGGUGAUAACGCUGUUAAUAACCCGUCUUCGUCUUCUUCUUCAUCAGUGCCGUUACCGUUAUCUUUAACGUCGAGUUGUGUGACUGUACCUGAUGUUUGGUGUGGUCCUGGAAUUGGAUUAACUACUGAUGCUACUAAUGUUGAUUGUGUUGUUUCAAGAAGACCUGUUUCUGGUAGAGGAAGAAUUGAAAGUGAUAAAGUUACGCCUAGAGAGCGAUCUACAUGUCCUGUGCGGAGAAUGGUGAGCCCAGAAGACAACCCUUUUCUGGACAUAGAAAGUAACCAUGGUAUACCACGUGCGCAAGUAGAAUUAUUUGCAUCUAGGCAGCAUCGACAUUCUCGCCAUGGUUAUUCGGAAGGGCUUGCAGAGAUUGUGAUGCUUCAAAAUAGUCUCAUGGGAGGAAGAACAGAUGGUCUUGAUCGAUACCGGAACUGGAGACUUGACGUGGAUAACAUGUCGUAUGAGGAAUUGCUGGAACUUGGUGAUAGAAUUGGAUAUGUCAACACAGGAUUGAGAGAAGACGAGAUAGCUCGAUGUGUUAGAAGAACCAAGCCCUUCUUUUUGAGUAAUUUAUCUCUCAUCCGCACAGAAUUGGAAAGGAAGUGCACCAUCUGUCAGGAGGAAUAUGAGGCCGAGGAUGAGAUGGGAAAGCUGGAUUGUGGACACUUCUAUCACAUUCGUUGCAUAAAGCAGUGGCUGAGUCAAAAAAAUAGUUGCCCCGUUUGUAAAUCUGCAGCUAUGUCUAACAGCUAGACAUCAAAACAUUUUCAGCACCCCUCAUGAACCUGUGUUCUUUAUGUAUAGCUUCUGUCUUCAUUACAAGCAAGAAAAUUCUUUACAGGGCGGUUCUAUCCUCGACUUAUUUGAUUACUGAAACUGAUGGUUCGGUUGUUUGAGUGGCAACCCAAUGUGGAUUGAAAUGAGUGGUACACACAGUAUUAGGCCUCUUGUUUGAGUGCAGUGAUUGAAUGGUACAAAAUUUACAUGUAUUACAGAUAAGUUUCUGCUAUUCUAUGUCAAGGUUGAUUUGGCGCUAUUUAAUACAAUUCUGUUUUCUUCA